AUGCCAUUCCGACAAGCCCUGCAGGGCAUAAUCGACAAAGCAGACAAGGCCUGGGGAGACCUCAGUCACCAAGCGCCCGCCAUCCCAUCCCACAACAAGCCCGCCCCACCGCCAAUCCCAACCUCAAGCAAACCACCACCGGCAUAUCAAGAACUGCCCUCCCAGCCCCAAGUCUGCUGGUGGCCCAAUCUGCACCCGCAAGCCCCCGUGUCGACAAACUUCCACCAUGAACAAGGCCAGCACGGCUGGGGCAACAAUGAAGCCCAGAACUACAUCGACAGUCCCUACAACUCAUUCCAUUCCCCGCACGGCGACGCCCUGAUCGUCCGCGCCCUGAUCAACCACGGCCACCCGGACCCCGCGCACAAGUUCACCAGCGCCAGACUCUCCAGCCACCAGACCCUCAGCCGGCCCCGCGGCUGCCUGUCCGCCCGGAUCACGGCGCCCGUGGCGCGCGGGAUCUGGCCUGCGUUCUGGCUGCUGCCGAAAGACCCCUUCAAGUGGCCCGAGGACGGCGAGAUGGACAUCAUGGAGGCGUGGAACGGCGAUGCCGUGAACCAUACCUGUCUGCAUUGGGGCCACUUCAAUGGCGAGGACUGGGAUAAGCAUCGUGUGCUGGAGACGCCUGUUCCGAACCUCAGUGCGCCGGGGGGCGUACGGUAUGAUUUCAUCUGGGAUGAGGACGAGGCCUCGGGGAGAGGCCGCCUGGUCUGGCUGAUCGAUGGCAGGCCGAUCAUGAGGGCGGAGAAGCCACCCGGGACGAGGAAGAUGAGCGAGUUUAGGAUCCUGAUCAAUAUUGCUGUUGGCGGCAAUGUUUGCCAGGGAAAUAUGCCCGGUGAUGGGUGCUACGAGAUGGUGGUUCGGGACCUGGCGAUGUGGGAUGCACCGCCGGGGGGUUGGGGAGAGUUUGAUAGAGCUUGGUGGAAUUCUAGAGAUGGAAAUACCAUGUAA